AUGCUCACUAGCAGGGAGGAGGAGGUGGAGAGGAGCACUGAGAGAGCACGCUGAACAUCUGCGACCCAGAUACACACAUCAGCGUCUGAUACAGACCGAGUUGUAUGAGGUUAAACUGUAAAAAUGGCCGGAGAUGAGCAGUCUGGUACACAGGAGCAGUGAAUCUAGCAGCACAACAGAAAUGCCGCGUGAUCGGCCCCGAUUUCUCAGCACCCUUCUGCCUUACAGUGUCCGGAUCGGACGGUAUGUAAUGUUGGAGUAGUUGGAGCUUGUAAGGCAGGUGGAACUGUACUAUAUUUCUGUCGGACGAGAUGAAGGCCGUGUGCGUAAACUUGGCGUCUCUGCUGCUGCUGUGCGCUUGUGCCGGCGUGCUGCACUUCUGGAGCGUCUUUCAAAAGCGUUUGGAGAGAAACUCACGUAGCGUCCGGGAACACAGCGUACAUCCUGACUAUCCAGAUCCAUCUCCUGACCUUUCGGGAACUUUUCGAGCUUUACUUGCCGUCCCGACGGACUCCAAAUUACACCCUGUUCGCAACAUCAGCAAUGAUGAAACGGUUUCAUUACGGAGAAAAGCUAACGGACGUCGGUUUGCAGCCACACAACGUGAGCUUCACGAGGCAGAAAACCAAACAGAACAUUUUCUAGAGGACGGGAUCUAUUGGAGUCAACGCCUCGAUGAUGGUGUGUCGAUGGGCUUCGGAGAGGAAGACGCGCGCUCGUGGAGACAGAGAGUCCGCCGCGGCCAAGUUGUGUCUCUGGAGCCGGGAUGCGGCAGGACGUCCAACCAACUGGCCACGUUCUCGGACGGAUCCCGGGCGUGUGUACGUUACGGCAUCAACUCCGAGCAGGUUCAAGGAGAAACGCUGUCUUAUUAUCUAGCCGCUCUGCUCGGGAUCACCAACGUGCCGCCACUCGCGCUUUUGCGCCUCGAUGGCGAGCAGUGGACGCACGUGAGGCGGCGCAUGGAGGCGCUACAGUGGACACCGAGUGCCGUGGUGUCUCUCAGCGAGUGGGUGGCCGAGCUCAGUCCAGCAGUCGUGCCUGCUCCAUUUCACCGCUCCGGCCAAGGGUUGCGCCCGCUACUGCCCGAGCUCCAGACCAAAACCAAAGCGGAGCUUCUCGAGCUGGUGCAGUGGAGCGACCUGGUUUUGUUCGACUACAUCACGGCCAACUUCGACCGGCUUGUGAGCAACCUGUUCAGCCUGCAGUGGGACGCCAAAGCCAUGGAGAGAGACGCGAGCAACCUGCUCAAGACUCCUCGCGGCAGCUUGGUUUUUAUCGAUAACGAGGCGGGACUAGUUCACGGCUACCGUGUGCUGGAUAUGUGGGAAAAGUAUCACAGCGCGGCGCUCGGCUCUGUGUGCGUGUUCAGGAGGAAAACUGCGCGGCGCGUGGCGGAGCUGCAUCGGCGGAGAGACACGCGCGCUCGCCUGCUCCAGAUCUACCGGGAUAGUGAGCCUUUAGCGCCUGAGCUCGGCUUUCUGUCCGACGAACACACAAGGAUACUGCAGGACAGGAUAGACAGAAUCCAUGAGCACAUUUUGCACUGUAAAGAAAAGCACGACAAACUGUAAAGUUUUCUCUUUCUCUCUCUUUCUCUCGCGCGUGGAUCCUGCUAUCACAUUAGUAUGGAUAAGGACCACUAGUUACCAAGGUGACCAUUACACCACGCGACCCGUGAACUGGGUUCAGUGUGACUUCUGAAUAUCUGGACUAGCUACCUCCUGUAGGGACAAACCUUUAAAUGUGGCUAAACAGGCUACAGUUUGUUUUCUAUGUCAUAACCUUUAAUUCUUAAAAGUCUUUUGCAGAAAACACAAUGCAUAUUACUUGUGAUAGAAAUAAUCAUGAUAAAGGUUCAUUGUAAACACACUGGAGGCCUAAGUGCUGAUGUAUGCUGCUUUUGCCAUUAUUGUCUUGUGUUAAUAGGGAGACAAUAAUCCCACUAUUUCCAUUUAGGACAGGAUUUAAAUAUUAAUAAAGCUCCCCAAUACUGAGCCAAUUCUGACAUCUUAAAAGUAACAAGGCAACAUUCUGCAAGCUUUUGUUGCCAGUUUUUGUAAAACAGCCAUGUGAUGUUGGUGAUUUUAUAUUACAUGAUGUGCUACAUUUAAUGCAAGGUUGCCUUUUGUUUUGGGCCAGUAUAGUAGGAUGUAAAAUACACAAGUGACUCGGAUCAGAAAAUACAUAAAAUAAGAUCUAAUACUCAUCCAGCAUUUUAAGCAGUAUCAGGCUCAGUAGCGCUGGUCAGUACUGGAUGUAUGAAUCUAUUUAUUGAAUAUCUGACUUGAUAAAGAGAAGGUUAUAUGUGGAUUAACAGGAGUCUGACAAUAUCUGUAAUUUAGUGAUGGCACAUAGUUGUUGGUCACUAGAGUCAGAGAGUGAUGAAAUGGUAAUAUUCACACUUCUGCAAAGGUCAGUGAUUCAUAUAAAAAUAUGUCUUUGAUUAUCCUCAUUACUUUCCCAAUUUCAUUCAUAGCCUUAAUGAAGUGGUGGGAUGUGCAUUGAAUUGAAAGUGUGUCGUGGGAUUUUGCUUUGUGAACUCUGAAUUUUAUUUAACUAAUUUAAAUCACAAUCUGUGAUAACAUUCCAGUUCUUUUUUUAUAUUAAAAAAUGUCAUUUUUACAUACCAUUAAAUCUAGUGGAACUGAAGUGUUUCAUUACGUUGAACACUGCA